AUGGAAUCAGUUGUUGUCUUAGCCGUUAUGUCUGUUGUUGUGUGUUUACUAUGUAUUUUGGCCAGCUGCCUUACUGCCAACAAGGAACAAACCGUCACGCCUCCAUCGGGUCAAGGAGCUGACCACAGCAAUGUUGGCCUGGCAACUACAGUUAUCCUAAUUAGUGCCGGUGCCAGUUGGGGGGGCGGUGGGUGUGGAGGAGGAGGAGGUGGUGGUGGGUGUGGAGGCGGAGGGGGCUGUUGA